AAUUUUACAACAGAUCUUCUCACAAGGCGGCUUUGAUCUUCUCUCCUCAAGUCAUAUGAUGGCUGAUUUUGCCGACAAUGACGUGCAGAAGCUUCUCCAGCAAGCCGAGGAGCGCCUCAGUGGCGGCCGUAUAGCUGCAAAGCAACCAUCGACAGCUUCGACAGCGUCCAAGCCAGUAGGAGAGGAUGUAAAGGCUUUACCUCCUAAGCAGGAGAAGACAGAAGUCCGCGUGCCGCGUCCCCAGGUAGCAGCAUCAGAGCAGCGGAAGGGUAAGAACACAGCAGGGCCCGAGUGGUUUGACCUCCCCAAAACCAACCUGACGCCAGAGUUCAAGAGAGAUUGGCAACUGUUGCGCAUGCGAAAUGUUCUAGACCCUAAGCACCAGAGAAAAACCCUGCGAUCUACUGCCCCCGAGUAUUCCCAGGUGGGCAGAAUCAUUGCCAGUCCAACCGAUCCAUAUAGCGCGAGACUGGGGAGCCGAGAGAGGAAGAGCACGCUAUUAGAAAGUAUCAUGUCCGCACAUAAUGACACAAAGCUCGCGUCCAAAUAUUCUUCUAUCCAAGAGAUGAAGAGAGAAGGACGAAAGGCAUUCUAUAAAUCAGUAGUUGCCAAACGACGGAGAAGAAAUUGAGACCAACACCUAAUUAUGAAACGAUACCCGGACAACGAUCCAGUGCCAAUAGUGUAGUAAAAUAUCAUGCUAUAAGCACGCGGAGUCCAAAGAAUAAAUUUAAAAGUUUGCUAAA